AUGCAUACAAACAUAUGCAGACAAUAUCACUUGCUUCCACUGGUAGUGCUUCUGGCAUGCGCAUGCGUCGCGCGUGCCGAACAACAAAUAAUAACGCCAACGCCGCCGCCACCGGCAGUCGAGUCAACAACAUCAGAGCGGCCAGCAGCAGCAGCAGGAGCAGGAGCUGCGCCAAUACAAUUGAAUGAAGGAGAACUGGUGGCAGUGGCAGUGACUUUACCUACACCAGCAGUGAAGCCGCCUCCGCCAGCGGCAGAGGCAGCAGCAAAUGAUGCUGAACAUGUUAUUGCCAAUGUGCCGACAACAACAGUUGCAGCCAUAGCAGCAACAUCAACGGAAAUGCCCGAAUAUCUCAAAAACUGUUUCUAUGUGGAGGAGGACUUGUGUCUUAACUGGGACCACAAUGCAAGCAAUGAGGAAACAGCUGCGCCGGCAGAGCGCAUAGAUACACCAGCCGCUGCUGACAUUGCUGAUGCACAGCAGUUGCCAGCGUUGGCGCUAACCAGCAACUUGACGACACAACAGCAGCAGCAAGCGUUGCCCAAUAGCAGUCAAGAGCAAGCUCCAGCACAGCUUAACCAUGAGCGUGAUGCCAACAACGGCUGCCAGUGCCGUGAGCAUCCGACACGUGCCAAUUCCUGGUAUUGUUGCAACAUAACGAAUUUAACCAUGAUAUCCAGUUGCAACAGCAAUAUUAGUAAAUUGAUAAAUCUGCAUGUGCGCAACAUGACGCUGCAAGCCAUGGAUUUGUCCAAUCCUAUAUAUCGUUCACUGCAAUCGCUGGCGGUGACUGAUGGCAAGAUUACGCAGGUGACCAAUGCAUUUCCACGUCACUCCAAACUCAAGUGCCUGAACAUAUCAAAUAAUAAUAUUGAGGAAAUUGCACCAAGAGCUGUGAAGGAUGUGCCGCACUUGGAGUAUCUGGACAUAUCACACAAUUUAUUAUCUCGUGUGCCCAAUUGCAACAAAAAUAAAAACAUUGCACUGGACAUUAGUGGCAACAUGCGCAUGCUUUGCGCUUCACUCAACGAAUUCAUAUACAACGAUCUAUUCUAUUUUGUUAAUCCGGAGCGCUCGUUCUGCUUGUAUAAUGCAACGCAUCAGUGGUUUAAUUCAACGAAUCUGGUGUCGGUCAAGCAAUUGGAGAGCAUUAAGAAAUGCGGCACCAAAUGCCCGAGUAUACCCAACUAUGGCAACUGCUCUUGCAAUAUCUAUAGCAUUAUGAUAAUACAGGACGAUCAAUCGCGCACGGUAUGCAAUGUGGACUGCUCGAAUCUCGGCUUGGUGGAGCUGCCGCAUCAGUUGCCGGACAAUACGUUUACGCUGAACAUAAGCAACAAUAAGAUAAGCAGCCUGGGCGAUCACUUCCAUACGAAUCCAACGUACUAUAACAUUGUCAAAUUGGUAGCGGAUAACAAUCAGAUAUCUUCUAUAUACGAAUUCGAGGGCACCAAGUUUAUUGAACAAUUUCAACGACUCUACAUACGCAACAAUUCGUUAAGCAAGAUACCGGAAUACUUUUUAAAUAACGCUCUGAUGGACUCGGGCUAUGGACGUCGCAUCUAUUUGGCAGAGAAUCGACUGCAAUGCGAUUGCAAUUCGGCCAAGACACUGCAGAAUUGGCUUAAGGAGCGCAGCAACGAUAUACCGGACUAUAUGGACAUACGUUGCCGCAAUUUGCCGCAAAGUGUUAUGGAACUGCAGGAAAUCAAACUGUGCCAAUCGCCGCCCGAUCUAACCGAUUAUAUAUACUAUUUAAUUGCGGCCGAGGUGCUGCUGUUAUUAGCAUUAAUUACAAAAGUUUCCUACGACUAUUGGGUGUUCAAAACAGCGGGUUACUUACCUUGGCCGGCUAGUAAAAUGCCAAAGCUGCCUUGCGACUGGCUGUGUGAAUCGUAGUUUAGUUUAAUUUAAACCUCAGCCACCACCCACUAAGAGAACCACCCACUAUCUCCCACUGUCAUUGCAGCUUACCAUGUGCCUUAUAUAUAUACAUAUAUAUAUGUAUGUUUAAAUAAUAA